AUGUAUCCUGAUCGCUUCACUGGGAUUGGUAAAUUCCCCGGUGAAUACCAUAUCACGCUACGAGAGGAUGCAUGUCCGGUCGUACAUCCUCCACGAAAGUACCCAAUCCAGAUCAAGGAGGAGCUUAAGACUGAACUGGACAGAAUGGAAAGCAUGAAUGUCAUUACCAAGGUCACGGAGCCCACAGACUGGGUUUCGUCACUGGCAUUCAGCAGAAAGCCCAACGGCAGUCUUCGCGUGUGCCUAGACCCGCAAGCACUGAACAAAGCCUCCAAGCGGACAUAUCACAAAACGCCAACACUGGAAGAAAUCACACAUCAGUUCAGUGGCGCUAAAGUGUUCAGCAAGCUGGAUGCACGAUGGGUACUGGAGCAUCGUGCUGGAUGA